UCUCACUGUGCUUGCCGUAGGAGACAUUUCUGACAGCUGUGGCAAUCAUGGCUGAAGACAACUUAAUGGAAGGCGAAGAGGAAAACAUUUUAUACGAUUUAUUAGUCAUUACGGAAUGGCCACCGGAGACUGACACACAGUUACGAGGCAUCAAGGAGUACAGCACGUCUGUAAUUGCAAAAGCUGUAACAGGACCGUUCCGAUUGCUCCUUCACUAUAUGUGGUAUAGCCCCUCCAGCUCAUCUCUGCCUCUUGGUCUCGUUCGACUGGCAAACAAGCAAAUCAACUGGCAGCUGGUUCUUUCAAGUAAUGGCAAACUAUUGGCGGUUGUUCAAGAUCAGUGUGUGGAAAUUAGAUCUGCGAGAGAUGACUUUGGCUCUGUCAUUGGAAAAUGCCAGGUGCCAAAGGAUCCCAACCCUCAGUGGCGAAAGGUGGCGUGGAGUUACGACUGCACUCUGUUGGCAUAUGCGGACAGCACAGGCACCGUUCGCCUUUUUGACCUCAUUGGCAGCGAACUUUUUGUCAUCCCUCCGGUGGUGAGUUUUCCUGGAGAUUUCAGCUGUGCAGUCGCAGGACUGAUCUUCUUGGAGUACACAGCAAGUGCUCAGUGGUCAGCAGAGCUUCUUGUGAUCACAUACAGUGGUGGACUCAAGAGCUACCUUGUAAGCGUUGGAACCAAUCAAAACUUCCAGGAGAACCACACCUUCAGCUUCUCCCCACACCACUCUCGUGGCAUCACCUCGGCCGUUUACCUCCCCGGUCACCGAUUGCUGCUGGUAGGAGGCUGUGAAUCAGGGGAUAAUGGUGCAUCCAAGGCCUCCUGCAGCGGCAUCACUGCCUGGAGGGCACUCUCUGGCUCGCCUCACUACAAGCAGGUCACCAGUUACGAGGACGAUAUUGGUUCGAAUCAGAGGAGAGGUUUCUUCAGGAUCCCCAACCUAAGAUUCUUUUCAAGGCAGGGAGAUGAAAAGGAUGGUGUCUUCCGCAUGAGCCUGAGCCCUGACGGGACACUCCUGGCUGUCAUCCACUUCUCUGGGCGUUUGUCUGUCUGGGACGUCCCCUCCCUGAAACAGAGGGCCACAUGGAGCCAGGACCAACAGCCAGGAUUUGAGGAGAUCAACCCGGAGUGGAAGACAUCACUGGAGAGGAGGAAGAAAAUAAAAGAUAAGGAGCAGUACUACCCACUGGUGGAUGUGAGUUGGUGGAGUGACAACGUGUUGAUUCUGGCUCGUUGCUCUGGGUCGGUCACCGUAUCAUCCGUCAGGACGUUACGCAACCUUCUGGGGAAAUCCUGCGAAUGGUUCGAGCCUUCACCCAGAGUCACUGCUGCGCAUGACGGGGGCUUCCUAAGCCUGGAGUGCGAGGUGAGACUUGCUCAGAAGCGCGCACGCUUCGAAAGCAAUCUCGGCAGCGGCGCAACCGUCGAGGAAGAGGAAGGAGACGAUGGCGGAGAGUCUGAUUCGGAUGAAGAGUCCUCAGCAAAAGCCCGCUACUUUGGCUACGUCAAGCAGGGCUUGUAUUACGUGACGGAGAUGGAACGUUUCGUGCCGCCACGCAAACGACCCAGAACAGUCGCUAAGAACUACCGCCUGGUCAGUUUGAGGUCCACCACCCCGGAGGAGCUGUAUCAGAGGAAGAUUGACAAUGAGGAAUAUGGAGAAGCUCUGUCACUCGCUCAGGCAUACAACCUGGACUCUGAUCUGGUCUACCAGAGACAGUGGAGGAAGAGCCAUGUCAGCAUUGCCUCAAUUCAAGAUUAUCUGAGCAAAAUCCGCAAGCGCUCCUGGGUAUUGCACGAGUGUGUGGAGCGUGUCCCAGAAAAUGUAGACGCUGCUAAAGAGCUGCUGCAGUACGGGCUGAAGGGAACUGACCUCGAGGCCCUGAUAGCCAUUGGGCUAAAUGAAGAUGGUGGCAGGUUUAUCAUGCCUGGCGAUGUGGACCUUGAUGACCUCCCAUAUGACGACCUCUUGUCUGAUGAUGAGGAGAUGAAGAAGGAUAAGGAGAAAAGGAAAAGACAGGAGCUGCUAGCCAAGGUUGAUUUCAGCAGGUUGACCCUGGAGCAGAAGGAGCUGUGUCGUAGUCGACUGAAACUGCUCUGCUACCUGGACCGACUGGCGACGUACGAGGAGAUACUUGGUGGGCCUCAUGCAGCUGAACAGAAAUAUGACGCAGAGUUCUUUAAGAAGUUCCGGAGUCAAAAUAUUGUUCUGUCUGCAAGAAACUAUGCAAGGGAGAGCAAUGUUCAGGCUCUGAAUAUUCUGUUCACGUAUCAUGGAGAAGAACUCCUGCAGCACAGGCUGGCUAUCCUCUACAACUUUCCAGAAACCACCUCUCCCCACGAAUAUGCCGUUCUGCUGCCCGAGGCCUGUGCGGAUGAAAGAGGGGAGUUGGCGUUGAUCCCUUGGGAGGAGCAGAGACACCGAGAGAUGGACUGGUGUGAGGCAGAGGAGUGCAGAGCUGUUCUGGACCAAAGCUUGUUUGAUGAUGACGGUUUCCUAUAUGAGGAUUCUCCAGAGUUGCAAAGAUUUCGUACAGCCACACCGUCCAUCGAGCUUCUAUCUGACUGGUACCGGAGCAGAGCCCAGGACAUCGACUCCACCUCCAGACAGGUGGACUGCUCCUUGUCACUGGUACGCCUGGGGAAGGAGCGGGAGAUCCCGGGGCUGGAGCUCCUGGCUGAUGACUUGGUCACCAUGGAAACGCUGGUGUAUGAGGCGUCAUGUGAACUCAGCCUGACACUUAAAGAUUUGCAGCAGCUCAGCGACAUUGACAAACUGCGCCUGCUUAUGAAAAACUCGAAUCCUGAGCGCUACGCGAAAGAUGCCUUCCAGUGGAUGGUGCCAUUCUUGCACCGCUGUGAGGGACACUGCGAAGGCGCUGCCAAGUCUCUGCUUGCAAACUACCUGGUCAGCCUGGGCCAGCAAGACCUCACUCUGCCUCUCAUCAUUUUCCAGCACUCUAAGCCUGUCUGCCAUCAGAAGAUUGUUGGAGACCCAGACCAGCUGAUGGAGGUAGCCCUGGAGUGCAUCUACAGCUGCGAGAGAGACGACCAGCUCAGCCUCUGUUACGACAUUCUGGAGUGUCUUCCCCAAAGGGGCUAUGGACCAGAGACAGAAAUCACAGGAUCACUCCAUGACAAGGUGGACAAACUUGAAAAGCAUCUAAGUGUGGUGGAAGUUUUGGAGAAGCAUGGCCUCCAGAAGCCCAUCUCCUACGUGAAGAACAGCCAGAACAGUAAGGAGGAGGCCCACCAACUAAUGGUCAAGCUGUGCCGUCACACCGGCCGCAAGAACCCUCCAGUCAGUGCGUCGGUGUGGAAAGCUCUCCUGAAGGACCUGCUUGAUAUGCAGCAGAACGUUUACACUUGCCUAGAAUCAGAGACGUGCCAUCAGAUUUUUGUCGAGUCCCUGCUGUGCUCAAGCCGUGUGGAGAACGUACGCCUGGCAGGGCAGCUUAUGCAUUGCUCCGCGGUGAAUCAGGAUGUUCCCGUUAGCUUGUCUUUCCGGGGAAAGGGUCACACUCUGAAGGUGGCCUACAACAGCAGCGUGGAGUUGGUUUUGGCUGCUGCCAGGGAGUACUUCAACUCCUCCACAGCACUAACAGAUCCCUGCAUGGGGCUGGCCAGGGCAUGUCUCCAACUGAUCACCGACUGUCCUCCAGCCAUCCAGGAGGAACUGGACCUCAUCAGUGCUCUCAGUCAACUGGAGGACUUCAGCGUUCGCAUUCUCCCGCUGCAAGUGCGACUGCGAUCAAACCGCUUAUCUCUCAUCGAAGAGUGCAUCGCCCAGUGCUCCACAGCUUACAAACAAUCCGCCACGUUGCUCAACCUGGCCUCACUUCUGCGAGUGUCAGGAGAUGACGACAAGAGGCGAAAAGGCCAAGUGCUGACCUUGCUGGCGGAGCAAGCCCUCAAAUGUCUGGACUUUAAAGCCUCUUACAUCCACUGUCAGGACCUCAUGGGUGCAGCUUACAGUCCGGCUUGGGAGGUGUGCAGUUUGCUCGGUCAGAGUGAGGGUUACAGAGACCUGGAGGCGCGACAAGAAUUGUUAGCCUUUGCUUUGACGCACUGUCCCCCAGACAACAUCCACGCCCUCCUUGCUGCCUCCAGUGACUUGCAGACUCAGUUGUUGUACCAGGCUGUUAAUUAUCAAAUGAAGCCUGCCAAUACAGAGAGUGGACAGGAAGUAGCUAAGGCCGACUAUCUCAAGGCUGGCACAUCUAGAGACCUCCUUCAAAGGACUACAGCAAAGACCAUGGAAGUGUUGACCACCACUGGACUGACAACCAAGGCAGUGCUGACAGCAGUCAGCGACCACCGUUGGGUGAAGGAGUCACUUAAUUACCUCCGUCCACUCCAGGGUCGUGGAUCUGGAGCCACCAACCAGGAAGGGGUGGAUGAAAACUCCAACCUGGAGCACCAGGGCUGCAGUGCCUUUUAUCAGGAGCUCAUUGAGGAUCCCUAUGUAGACCCAAGUCAAGAUGUUUACUCAUCCUACAAAGAAAUGCCGCAGGAAAACUUUGCUGAGGUUUUGCUGAGGACGGGGAAGUUAGCUGAGGCUAAAACAGAAGGAAAAACCUUGUUUCCUGCGACAGAAGUUUUGCUGCAGCUGGCCAAUGAUGCAUUUCCCAGAGACAUGAUGCUGGCUCUGUCCUACUUACUGGCCCUGCCUCAGGUGUUGGAUGCCAACAAGUGUUUUGAGAAGCAGUGCCACUCUGCUCUGUCACUCCAGCUGGCUGCUUACUACUACUCCCUGCAGAUCUACUCCCGCCUCGUGCCCUGCUUCAAGGACAAAAACCACACUCUCUAUCAGGUUUGCAUGUUCAAACGAUGUUCAACGAACGGUGAUAAAAGAUGAUGGUAUGCUAAUCAUUUAAUGCCAGUAGCUGUAUCAAAGUGAAAAAAGUCUUACAUCGUCUUAAUGUUUUAAUGAGGGUUCCUUUCUUGUCAAAAUGCUGUAGUUCUAAAACACUUGGUCCUUUUAAAGUAUAAACACUAAAGUUCAUUUUGAUUUUGCAAACAUAGUGGUGGAGAGCCCUGGCUUAAAAUAUGGAGCUUGGAAAAAGGAUGGAUCUAUGACUGAUGGCUAGAGAGAUGGAUGGAUGGUGACUGUAUGGCUAGAUGGGUGGAUAAAUGAUCAAUGAAUGGAUGACUCAAUAACUAAAGAGAAAAAUCGAUUAACAAAUGAAUUGAUGGAUGAAUAGCAGGUGUGCUGACUUGAUGGAUGGCUGAAAAAACAAACGCAUGUACAAAUGAUAGAAUGGAUGGUUGUGAUGGCUGGCAGACAGACGGGUGGAUGGACAAAUGGAUGGAUAUGUGGCUCGGGGAUGAAAACCUAGUGGGAUCAGAUGGGUAGUUGGAUGCAUAGAUGACUAGAUGAAUAAAUACAUAGACUGAUAGAUGGAGUGAAUGGUUGGAUGAAUGGUCCAUCCAUACAUCCAGAUGCAUCCAUGGACCAAUCGAUGGAUGACUGAAAAGCCAGUGGAAGAAGUGGACGGAUAACUAAAAACACAGAUGGAUGAAUAACAAG